AUGGGAAUCUCGCUCAAUGGCGGUGGCAAUGGCGAUGACCGAGUAGGUUCCGCUCGUGAUAACUCGACGGGGGGCGGAACCGUCAGCAAACUCAAGUUGGGUUCUGACUCGUCUUCGUUGAUGUCGCUCGUCAGCACAUUCAUCCCCGUGCUCAUCUACACCAUCGUGUGCCUGCUCAUCUUCUGGACGUUGCGGCGGAGGAGCCUCCGCGUUUACUCCCCGCGCACUAUCCUCAGAGACUUCUUCUCCCACGAGCAAAGCGUGCCGCUUCCGAAAGGAUGGCUCGACUGGGUGAAGCCGUUCUGGACGGUUCCGGACACAGACAUCCUGAACCGCUCCUCGCUAGAUGCCUUCCUCUUCCUCCGCUAUCUGAGGAUUCUUACGAUGAUCUGCUUCGUUGGUAUCUGCAUAACAUGGCCGACAUUGAUGACCAUCCAUGCCUGCGGCACUGGCGGGCUUUCGCAACUGGACCGCAUCACCAUUGGUAAUGUCCAGAACUCCAAGAUACUCUACGCCCACGCAGUGAUCGCGUGGGCCUUCUUUGGUAGGCACCCCUUAUCUUACACGACCCUUCUGCGCCUGUCCUCUCGGACGGUCAUGUUCGGCUGCGUUCCACCAAAAUACCAAGAUGCCGCACGCAUGCGAAAGUUGUUUGGCGACACUGUCAAAAACGUCUGGAUUCCUCGAGACACGAGCGACUUGGAGAGGCUGGUCAAGGAGCGAGACGAGACUGCGUUGCGAUUGGAAAAGGCAGAGAUUCGCCUGAUCAAAAUGGCCAACAAACGAAGGAACAAACAGCUAAAAGCGAUUCCCGCCGCUCUCCCCGAGACAGUCCCGAGUCCGUCAUCAAGCGGAAGCUCUGAACGGUCCGACGACCCCGAGAAAGGGUACCCGCAUCAGCAGAACACCGCCCUGCCCGACGUUAACGGCUCCGUCGCCGCACAAUGGAUCGGGGCCAGCGAGCGCCCCUACCACCGGCCCUUGGCCAACUUCUUCCGCCGAGUCGACACGAUCAAGUGGACUCGCUUGCGUAUCAAGGCACUCACACACCAGAUCAACAAGCUGCGCCGAGGCUUUCUCAAAGGCGAAGGCCGUCGGCUACCUACUGCUUUCGUCGAGUUCUCCUCCCAGGCUGAUGCCGAGCGCGCGUUUCAGACGCUGGCUCACAAUCGGCCGUUGCACAUGUCGCCGCGGUAUAUCGGUAUCCGACCCGACGAAGUGGUAUGGAGCUCCCUUCGGAUGCAGUGGUUUGAACGAAUCACCAGAGACUUCUUGAUGCGCGCAUUCAUCACGGCCGCCAUCGUGUUCUGGUCUAUUCCAUCAGCAAUUGUUGGUGCCAUCUCCAACAUCAAGUUCCUGUCAGAAACAUUCCCCUUCCUGGCAUGGAUUAGUAAGCUGCCCGACCCUGUCACUGGCAUCAUCAGUGGUCUACUGCCCGCGUUGGCAUUGUCGUUCCUCAUGGCCAUCGUGCCGUGGAUGUUGCGAGGCUGUGCCAGGCUUGCAGGCGUCCCCUCGCUCUCCCUGGUCGAACUCUUUGUACAACAUGCCUACUUCGCGUUCCAAGUGGUUCAGGUCUUCCUAAUCACGACUCUUACAUCCGCUGCAUCGGCGGCUCUGACACAAGUGCUGAAAGACCCUCUUUCAGCCAAGGACCUGCUGGCGGACAACCUACCCAAGGCCUCCAACUUUUACAUCUCCUACAUCCUUAUCCAGUGCCUCGCUGUCGGCGCUGCCUCUUUACUGCGGGCAUUCGAUAUUUUCCGUCAUCAUAUAAUGGCAAAGGGGUUCGAUAACCCUCGUGGACUAUUCAGGAUUUGGUCCAGAGAACGACCAGUGCAUUGGGGCGCAGUCUUCCCCGUUUUCACAAACAUGGGCGUCAUUGCCAUCAGCUACUCCUGUAUCGCGCCCGUCGUUCUCGGCUUUGCUACUGCUGGCCUUUACUGCAUGUACCUCGUCUACAAGUACAAUCUCCUCUACGUCAGCGACGCGUCCAUCGAUACCCGUGGCCUCGUGUAUCCACGCGCUCUAAUGCACCUCCUUGUCGGUCUCUAUCUCGCCACGAUCUGUCUCGUCGGUCUGUUCGCUUUGCGUUCAGCAUACAUUCCCAUGGUCCUCAUGAUCGCCUUCCUCGUCUUCACAGCAUUGGUUCACAUCUCCCUCAGAGAAGCUGUUGCCCCGCUUCUCUACAACAUUCCCCGAGCGCUGGCUCUGGAGAUGGAAGAGCUCGAUGGCGGUCCCGCCAUGGACUCCCCCAAGGAUGACUUCCUCACCGAUGCUGACAUCACCGCGGCAUACCCAGACUUCUUCGACCCUGGCGAAGAGAACGAAGGUCCGACACACGAGGUUAACGGAACUCGAGGUGUCGAAGGCGCCAGCGGCUUCAUGGCGUCAGUCCAGGACUGGUCUGCCGGCGCCAUUACCAAAAAGAUGCAGGCUUCCGCCGAGAAAUGGGGUCUGGCAGGCCCGAUCGGCUACAUCAUGGACUGGGUCGACCCGGACCCGUCCAUCAAGCCCAACUUUGUCCUCCGAUGGCUCCAUCCGGGCGUUUUUGACGAUUUCUCCACUCUGCGACGCAACAUCCCCGUCGAUCUUCCAGACCCGACGGAGACCUAUCCUGCCGAUUACGCCCGUCGCGCAUACUGGCCGCCGGAGAUGGCGUCACCGACUCCGGUCAUUUGGAUCCCCCGCGACCCGGCCGGCGUCAGCAAGCAAGAAGUGGAGCAUUGCCGCAAGGUCGUCGGGUGUUCAGACGAGGGCGCCGAACUCAAUGACAAGAACCGGAUCGAGGUUGAGCUUGAAAAGGCCCCGUUUUGGGUGCCUCGUGUUUUAUAUUAA